AUGACGUGGCACUUCGAACUCGAUGACCUUAACGGGCCUGUACUUGUAGGCCCGUUCGGUGAAUCGGCGGAUGGAUGGGCCCGAGUCGUCUGCCACAAGGGCCCGCUGGCGGUAGGGAGCCUCGGCCUUGAAGAAGAGAGCAUCGAGCACGACUUUGGAGGCUACCUCAGGGUCGAUGUCGCUGCACGUGAGGACUUUUUUGAGCUUUCGGCAGGUCAUGCACGGGAAGCGGACGAGGCGGAGAAGACGGGUGGUAAGGAUUUCACGGCGCUCGUCGGGCCUCGGGUAGUGGGCCCGGGCCCACUUGAGGACGAAGUCGUAGACUGCAUCCUCGGAGGCCACUUGCAGGUCAUUGGCAUGUGGCGCAAUAAUCGGCUACAGUAUCUCAUACAUGAAGCCACCUCGAAUUUAUCAGCCGCCAUCAUCACGUCCAGUAAAGCAGUUGGUGUGGUUCUGGGUAGAGUAUUGCUGCUUCUCCAUGCAAGUAGCUUUGGAAAAAUAUUUGAUAAACAUUACAACUUAAAAAAGGUUAGAGAAGAGAAGUCUCUUGAUGUAAGAGUUUCAAAUUCACUCGAUGAAAUGGUUUACCUGAGGCCUGAAUCCUUAGAGUUACAUAUCGCUGCUCAGACUCCUUCGUACCAUUUGAGAACAACUGAAAAGCCGAUGAACACCGAAACACAAGAAUCAAUAUAA